AUGUUAGGUCUUUGGUCGAAAGGACUUUUGCCGGCCGUGCUAAGUGCACUUGUUGCAUCUACAUUUGUGAAUGGUCACCAGAAAAAAGACUCGCACUUCGACGUGUUGGACUUUGUUGAUCCGUUGAUCGGCACGUCAAAUGGUGGCCAUUCCUUCGCCGGAGCGACUCUGCCCUUUGGCAUGGCCAAAGCAGUAGCAGACACGCGAGGCGAGAAUCAAGCUGGCUUCGCAUACGACACCAAGGUUGUAACUGGCUUCAGUCAUAUGCAUGACAGCGGAACUGGUGGAUCGCCAUCGUUGGGCAAUUUCCCCCUCUUUGCUCAAGCGAGCUGCCCAGGGGAUGACCUCAAUAAAUGCAAGUGGCAGCAGUCUGAUCGGGCGGUUGCGUGGGUGCCGAACUCCCCCAAAGCCCGAGCAGGCUAUUUUAGCAUCGCUUUGGCGAAUGGCGUAAACGCCGAGAUGACGGUGACGAACCGGUCAGCUCUGUAUCGUUUCAAUUUUAGCGGCGCCUCCGCCGAACCACUCAGCCCGGUGAUUCUAGUCGAUUUGAUAGAUCUGCCCCAGUCCCGCACGAACGGCACCGCCUCGGUGGACCCAUCGACAGGGCGAUUGACCGGUAACGGCACUUUCAAUCCGAGCUUUGGGAUAGGCAACUACGAUCUUCAUUUCUGCGCGGAUUUCAAAGGCGCCGACCUCCGUGACACGGGUGUGUGGCUCAAGAGCCGGGCAGGAACAAACACGGCGUCGACGCUCUCGGCCGGGACUUUUGCCCGAUUCCAUGCUCCGGUGGACAAUACACUUCUGGCCAGGGUUGGGGUGAGCUUCAUCAGCGUCGAACAAGCAUGUUCCAACGCGGAGAGAGAGCAGCCCGAUUUUGACUUUGAGGGCACGGUAUCUGCGGCCGAGCAAGCAUGGAGAGAAAAGCUGGGCGUGAUUGAGGUUGACGCAGAGGGUGUCUCUGCUGAUCUUCAGAAAGUGUUUUGGAGUGGAGUGUACCGCGCCAUGAUCAGUCCCCAGGAUUACACGGGGGAGAAUCCGCUGUGGGAGAGUGAUGAGCCGUACUAUGACAGCUACUAUUGCAUCUGGGACUCGUAUCGCGGGGUGCAUCAGUUGCUAACUCUGCUGGACCCUCUAUCGCAGUCACGGAUGAUCCGAAGCCUGGUAGAUAUUUACCGCCACGAAGGAUACCUCCCUGACUGUCGCAUGUCACUGUGCAAGGGGUUCACGCAGGGAGGCUCCAACGCCGAUGUGCUCAUCGCCGAAGCAUACUUGAAGAACGUCAGCGAUGUGGACUGGGCUACCGCCUACGAAGCCGUGGUCAAGGACGCGGAAGUCGAGCCAUCCAACUGGAAUGUGGAAGGCCGAGGAGGCAUCCAUAGCUGGAAGACUCUUGGAUAUAUCCCGACCGACGACUAUGAUCCUUAUGGGAUUGGCACGCAUACGCGCAGUAUCUCGCGGACUGUCGAGUACGCGUACAACGAUUUCUGCAUUGCGGAGAUGGCCAAGCGGAUGGGCCACGACAGCGACUAUGAGAAGUACAUUCAACGCUCGUCGAACUGGCAGAAUAUGUUCAAGGGGGAUCAGAGGUCGUACAUCAACGGGGUGGAUACAGGCUUUACCGGGUUCCUGCAGCCGCGCUUCCCAAAUGGAACAUGGGGAUAUCAGGAUCCGAUCUUUUGCAGUCCGCUGUACAACUUUACCUCGUGCUACCUCAAUCCAGAUGGACACGAGACCUAUGAGGGGAGCUGCUGGCUCUACACAUUCUACGUCCCGCAAGACAUGGCCGCUCUCGUCACCCAUCUCGGCGGCCCGGAGACAUUCACAUCGCGACUAUCCUAUCUCCACGACUCCGGCAUACUCUACGUAGGAGACGAACAAGCUUUCUUGACUGUUUUCCAAUUCCACUAUUCCGGGCGGCCUGGGCUCUCCGCCGAACGAGCGCAUUUCUACAUCCCGUCCCAAUUCAACGCAACAAUCCCGGGAAUUCCAGGGAAUGACGACGGCGGAGCAAUGGGCUCAUUUGCGGCGCUGAGCAUGAUGGGUCUCUUCCCGGUCCACGGGCAGGAUGUCUACCUGAUAACUCCCCCUUUCUUCAAGGAGGUCAGCAUUCGCAACCGGGAGACUGGCAAGGUUGCAACCGUGAGAAAUACCAAUUUCGAUCCCAGCUACAAGGGGGUGUAUAUCCAGAGUGCGAAACGCGACGGGAAGCCGUGGACGAAGAACUGGAUCUCUCAUGAUUUCUUCGUCGAGGGGGGCGUUCUGGAGCUCGAGUUGGGGGCUACGGAGAGUGCAUGGGGGACGCGGGUGGAGGAUUUACCUCCGAGUAUGAGCGGUUACGGGAUGUAG